UGCAUCAGCAGCAUGGAGAUAACAACACUGUGCGCCGUCAUGGCUUCUCUGAGAGUUAUUCCAGACAGAUCACAGUUUUUCCACUUGGAGUCCAUCUCUCUGAGCUGUGAGCAGCAGAGAAAUUCUUCUGGGUGGACAGUUAAGAGGAACACUUCCUUAAAAAUAAACCAAAAGUGUCCCACAUUCUGGAGGAAAAUAAAUGACUCUGGCUGCGUAAUCGAUGACCUUUUCGUAUUCGACAGUGGAGUUUACUGGUGUGAAUCUGGAGCAGGAGAGUGCAGCAACACCGUCAACAUCACUGUGACAGCUGGUUCUGUGAUCCUGGAGAGUCCAGUUCUUCCAGUGAUGGAGGGAGAAGCUGUGACUUUUCGUUGCAGAAACGAGACGACCUCCUCCAAUCUAACGGCUGAUUUCUACAAAGACAAGGUUCUUAUUGGGAGCAGCUCUACAGGAAACUUUACCAUCGAAAGUGUUUCUAAUUCUGACGAAGGACUCUACAAGUGCAACAUAUCUGGAGUUGGAGAAUCACCAGAGAGCUGGCUGACUAUCAGAGGCCGUCCUCCAUCGCCUGACUUCCACCUCGUGUACAUUCUACUUCCUGUGGUGGGCGCCUGCGUCUUUCUCAUCUCGCUGAUGCUGCUCGGCCUCUGGAGAAGCCACAAAGGUAAAGUGGACUCUGCUGUCUCCUACACUGAUGUCAGCAUCAUAUCGGCAGUAAAACCUCACAGGAUCAGAGAUUUGGACUCUGGGCCGACGUUUUAUUCAACACUGAACCUGGAAGCCAUCUGAUGGGAAACAAGAGCUGAAAGAUUGGAAUAUUCUAGAGUGAACAGAAGAUUUUAUAGGAAACCGAACAGAAUUUAUUUUAUUUUCAUCAGAAUUCAGGCAGAAAUUUGUCCAGAAUUUCUUGAGCUUUUAAUAUUUAUACAAAUCAGUCUACUUGAAGGAGAAUUGUGUCUCUUUGUUGUUAUUUUACAUCUGUUUGUGGUCAGUUUCUAUUUGUUUCUUAUUGAUUUGUGAUAUUUUGUAUCUUUGUGGUCAUUUUUUAUCCCUUUUUAGCCGUUUGUAUUGUAUUUUAUCGUCUUGUCUCUGUGUCUCUUUGAAUAGUGAUGUUGUGUCUCUUUGUCGUCAUUUUGUUGUAAUUGUUCACCUGUUUUCUAGUCAUUUUGUGAUGUUCUGCAUUAAUGUGUAGCUACUUUGUGCUACUGUGGGAUCAUUUUGCAACUCUGUGGUGGAUUUUCUUCUAUUUAAAAUGAAGGUGUGAUAUUGUUUAGUAUCUCUAUUCCAAGCUGUUGUGUCUUUUGUAGAAGUUUAUUGUGUUUUGCGUUUAUGUGUAGACAUUUUGCGUUACUUUGUGGUCAUUUUGCAUAUCUGUAGUGGUUUCCCAUCCCUCCAAAGUCUAAUUGUCAUGCUGUUUUUCAUCUGUUUGUAGGUACUGUCUGUAUUUGUAAUUGUCUUGUCUCUUAUUAGCGUUUUUGCGUCACUUUGUGGUAAUUCGACUAAACAGGAUGAACAGGGAUAGGAACUAACAGGUGGUGCUAUUAGAAUUAUAGAGUGUCAGGUGCUGUGUUCUGUAUUCCCCACUACUAACUGCCUAUCAAUAAAACAAAACAAAAAAACAACAACAACAACAAAAAAGAGAUGCAAUGAAUAAAUAAAUUAACAAACAGUACUGCAGCUUUGCAGUGGGAAUUCAUCAAAUUGUGAUGAUGUUUUGCAUUUCUUUGUAGAUAAAGUUUGUUUUUAUAGUUGUUUUGUGUCUCUUAAUGGUGAUUUAUUGUCCCUUUGUAGUCAUUUUGGUUCUUUAUGGUAACUUUCCAUCCAUUUUGUAGCCAUUUUGUGAUGUUUUGCCUUUAUUUGAAGGCAUUUUGUGCCUUUGAAAUCAUUCUACUUUAUUUUGUUGUCAAUUUGUACAAGUUUCCAAUCUUUUUGUGACUCUUUUCAUCACUCAAAAAUCUAAUUGUGACGUUGUUUUGCACAUAUGUGUAGUCAGCUUGUAUCUCUUAACUGUGUUUUUCUGUCUCUUUGUAGUAAUUUUGACUCUUUGUGGUCAUUCUGCACUGGUUUUUUAUUAAUUUGGAGACAUUUUGUGUUACUUUGUGGCCACUUUGCAGCACUGUAGUGGUUUUUAAACCAUUCAAAGCCAGUUUGUGAUGUUUUGCACCUCCAUGUCAGCUUUUUGUGUCUUUGGCAGUUUUUCAUCAUUUUUACAGUCAUUUUGUGAUGUUUCAUUUCUUUGAAGGCAUUUUGUGUCUUUGAAAUUCUUUGUCAUCACUUUGUGGUUGUUUUGUGUUACUUUGUAGUCAUUUUUCAAGUCUGUAGAGUGUUUUCAUUCCUCCAAACUCAAACUGUCAUGUUGUUUUACAUCUGUUUACUGUCUGUAUUUGCAGCUGUCUUGUGUCUCUUACCUGUGAUUAUGUGUCUUGUAGUAAUUUUCACUCCAUAUGGUCAUUUUUUUAAAUACAUUUUUGCUUUUUUUGGAUGUUUUCUAUUUCUUUAAAAGUAUUUUGUGACACUCAACUCUGUAAUGAGGUUUCAUACCCUCAGAGUGAUUUUGUUACAUUUUUUUUUGCUUCUCCUUCCAUAAACUUUACGUCUUUGUCGUCA